CUCAAGAUUGCCUUCCACAGGACGUUGCGUGUGCCUGAAGAUGGUCGUACCCACAAGCUACCGGCGAGUUUCGGGCGUUUUCCAGUGCAAAAUGUCGCGGUGUAUAGUAAGAAGUUGAUCAAUAGUAAGAAUGCGAGUUUACUCGACAUGGCGAGGAAAGGAGGAGUCUUCUUCCCCAUAUUCCAGCGCGAAGCCAUGUGGCUCUCUUUCAGCUCGCCCGCAGGCAGUGAGUAUAAAGUCCGUGUCUUUGUUGGUGGCGUGAACGUCGUCACUGGGAAGAAAUGGGAUGACCACACCAAGAGCAACUCACCGUACGACGAGGACGAGCAAGACUACAUUCUUGUCCCACCACAAGAGCAUGUCGACGGUAUAGCAGUAGGUAACGGCAUUGUUCGGCAAUUCAUCGCAAUGCCCAUUGGUAGCGGUUAUUCAAUCGAAAAACAGAUCACGGGCAAGGAAGACGUAGGCGGCUUACAGCUCGAGAUCACUGCGCAGAAUCGGCAUCUGCACUUCUACUACCGCGGUCGAGACAUCAAAUGGCAGGAAAACGAGGAAUCGGGGAGGACCACAACACCUCGAACAUAUGGUCUUCGUGCGGGAGAAACGAUAAAUAUGAUGCCGCCUACGUAUUCCGCGGUACCGUCACCCUACAGCAGCAUCACCACUCCUCCUUACCAGACGCAGGCAUCACCAACCACUAGACCAAUGUCUCAACCACCCCCUCAAUCACCGCAACAAGAACCAAAAGUCGAGUCCUGGGCAAUGGGCCUCGCAGCCGGCGGCCGCCUAGCGCAACAAAUUCACCUUGAUACCACACCCUCCGCAUACCGCGACACCACGCCCUCAGCCACAGCCCUGCUCUCUGUCCAACUCCUCAACGCCGUAGCGUAUGAGACGUUAACAGGCAUGUUAUGUCCGCCAACACCCAUCACCGCAAAGGAAUACACAGAAGCGGGUAUCCCGUGGUUCGACACAUAUGUCGAUAAAGGGCGAUAUAGCAGCGCAGUACAGGGCGGUAAAGCCUUUGACAAGAUCCAAAGCGUGUCUGAAAUCGAUGGUAGGGGUGGGCCUAUCCAUGCUGAUACUUCGGUUGCGGCCUCCCAGAAAGUCGCUUGCUCGUCUUGUCGUAGGAAUUUGUGUGAUUGUGUUCUGAGGCCGUGUAACCACGCGUUUUGUGGUGGUUGUGUGAAGGAGAGGAUGGUGCAGUAUUUGCCCGCGAAUGUUAGUGUGGUUCAAUGUCUUGUUUGCAGAGCGAUUGCAGCGAAUGUUUUGGGUUUCUCGGCGCCUAUGGCGUUGCCGGGGCAGGAAGAGUGGUUGCUGAAUACAGGGGCAGAUGUAGUUGUCAAGGCUGGGUGUUUUGGGAAGGCAGUGGUGUUCGAGCUAGAGUAA